AUGGAGGAACGAGCAAGGUUCAUCACCGUGGCUCAGGCGAGCCCCAACCUGAUUGUUUACGCAACGUUCGUGCUGCCCGCCCUCGCCAGCUCCCUCGAGGGGGAAACCCUUGUGACGCUGUUCCGGCUCGGGAUGAUGUACCAUCAGCCCACAGAGCUCCCAGACAUCACCAAACUCGACUGGGAGGAGUCAGUCAUCCAGUGUCUGGACAGUCUCCGAUCCCGAUCCGGAACCCCUCCGCCAGCUGCUCCAAUGUCAAGCCCACUGGCUGCGGCUCACACAAGCCCACCGGCCGUUCAGCACUCAAGCCCGCCAGCUGUUCCACAGUCAAGCCCACUGGCUGUGGCUCACACAAGCCCGCCAGCCAUUCCACAGUCAAGACCACCGACAGCGCCGAUGUCAAGCCUGCCGGCCGCUCCAAUGUCAAGCCCGCCGGCUGAAGUUCACACAAGCCCGCAGGCCGUUCAGCACUCAAACCCGCGGGCAGCCCUAUUCACCCGUAACCAAAAUAGGAGGAAGAGGAGAAAUGGAUGGCUCACAGCUCUCUUCCCUGCUCCAGUGGCGGCUCCAGCCCCAAAGCUUGCUCCAGUGUUGGCCCCUGCUCCGCCAUGGCAACCUGAACCUGACCCUCAUCAGGCCGAGCCCACAGAUGACGGAGAGUCAUUUCCUGUCGCAAUCUGCGAGCCAGAGCAAAGCCAAGCGACUGAGCAGAGGAUCGCCUCAGAAGUUGAGCCCAACCCGUUAGACCAGGUGCGAGAGCCGGCAACAGAGCCCGCCACAAGGGAGAAAUACGCGGUUGGUGUGAGUGUGGAGAGGAGCUCUGCCCCCUGCAUCGUGGCUGAGGAUGAGCUGAGUAUGGCGCUGCAUUGGUGA